AUGGCGGACGUCAUGACGGCGUUUCACGCCGAGCAGCUCGAGGCACUGGUUCGCGAAUUGGGCGACCGUGCCGCCAGCCGUGUAAGGUGGCAGAUAUUGGCAGAGCACACGGCGAGAGCGAUGGAAGGUGACGACCGCGACUGCGAGAUGAUGCAACUCAUGGCGCACCAGCGGCCAGCUGCGCGCGCGCCAGAGCCCCUGGGGCAGCGGAGGCGCAGCCGGUCACGCUCCUCAGCCAGCGACAGGCAGGAGCAGGCCGAUCCCGAGCAGCGCGGCGAAAACGCCGACGAUUCCGUCGGACACAUCUGCAACGAUGGGGUCCGAGCUGAGCGCCAGAGAGGUGGACGACGAGACCAGCGGAUGAGGGCCCACCUGAAGGCCUGCGCGGCGCACACCACUGACGCUCACGGCGGCGAGGGCCUGCUCCGCGAGCUGCCGCCCAGGGUGCAGGACCCGGACCGCCGCCAGAGAGACCGCAUCGCUAAGUGGAUGCGGCUCGCGUUGAAAAAGCGGCGCGAGCCAAGCACCAUCCCGUGGAAGUGGGACAUCCUGGAGCUGCUGGAGGAGUCCAGGGACCGCCUGAACGACGCGAGGAGGGCCAACUCCUCGAAGGACGCUGGCGGCUGGCAGGAGAUCAGCGAGGUGCUCCACCGCGAGCAGUACCGGCGCGCGGGGGCGCGGGCCGCGGCACGCUUCCUGGACGCGUUCGCGGCGGUCGCGGGCCACCGCGGGUCCGCUGUUGCCCGCUUCAGCGCGUACCGGCGCGCGGAGGCGCCAGUCGCGGCACGCUUCUUGGACGCGUUCGCGGCGGCGUUCGCGCGGGCGGAGGGUCCUGGCGAUGCUGGAGGUGGCGGCGCGCAAGACGGAGCAGAUGACGCCGCUGAGAUCGACGCCGAGCUCGCGCAGCUCCGCGCCUCGGCCGCGUCGCACGUCGUUCUCCCUGUUGCGCUUGAGCGGUUCCGUUCCGGCGUGGUGGUCCUGCCGCCUGUGCUUGGCCCGACGGUCGGCGUGGACAUGGCUGCCAUCGAGGUGCCCCUCAAACGGCUGCGCUCCAUCGUCGAGGAGACGGAGGCCGACGUGCGCGCACGGGAGCACAUGGCCGCGCCUGGCACCCUUUCUUCAGACUCGCGGGCAAGGAGCAAGAAGCAAGAAUAA